AUGGCGAGAGCCAACCGCAAUCGCCAGAGUAGAGCAGCGUCACGAGAGGCAGCAGCUAGUGCCAGAGUUUGGAAGCAUUGCGAGAAGCAGCCGAUAUCAGUUGUGGAGUGUCAAGAUAGGCAGCCUUAUCGAGAGCUGGGCAGUAUCGCGAGAGGCAUCACUGUCGCCAAAUUUGGGCAGCAUUGCGAGAGGCAGGGGCUCUCGCAGGAGUUGGGAAAUAUUGGGAAGGAAGCUGCUUUCACCAGAGCAGAGCAGUAUCGCCAGAGGCAGCCGCUACCUCGGGCGUUCAGCAGCAUCUCGAGGAGCAGCCGCUUUCAUGGGAGAGGGAAGUAUCGCAGGAGACAGCCGCCGUCGCGAGAGCUGGGCAAGUUGGGCGGGCUCGCGAGAGUUGGGAAGUUUCGCAAGUGGCAGCCGCUAGCCAGAGAAUUGAGCAGUGUCUCGAGAAGCAGCUGCUAUCAGGAGAGUUGGGCAGUAUCAGGAGAGGCAGCCGCUAUCGCCAGACUUGGUCGGUACACCAAGAGGCAGCCGCUAUCAUCAGACUUGGUCGGUACACCAAGAGGCAGCCGCUAUCAUCAGACUUGGUCGGUACACCAAGAGGCAGCCGCUAUCAUCAGACUUGGUCGGUACACCAAGAGGCAGCCGCUAUCAUCAGACUUGGUCGGUACACCAAGAGGCAGCCGCUAUCAUCAGACUUGGUCGGUACACCAAGAGGCAGCCGCUAUCAUCAGACUUGGUCGGUACACCAAGAGGCAGCCGCUAUCAUCAGACUUGGUCGGUACACCAAGAGGCAGCCGCUAUCAUCAGACUUGGUCGGUACACCAAGAGGCAGCCGCUAUCAUCAGACUUGGUCGGUACACCAAGAGGCAGCCGCUAUCAUCAGACUUGGUCGGUACACCAAGAGGCAGCCGCUAUCAUCAGACUUGGUCGGUACACCAAGAGGCAGCCGCUAUCAUCAGACUUGGUCGGUACACCAAGAGGCAGCCGCUAUCAUCAGACUUGGUCGGUACACCAAGAGGCAGCCGCUAUCAUCAGACUUGGUCGGUACACCAAGAGGCAGCCGCUAUCAUCAGACUUGGUCGGUACACCAAGAGGCAGCCGCUAUCAUCAGACUUGGUCGGUACACCAAGAGGCAGCCGCUAUCAUCAGACUUGGUCGGUACACCAAGAGGCAGCCGCUAUCAUCAGACUUGGUCGGUACACCAAGAGGCAGCCGCUGUCAUCAGACUUGGUCGGUACACCAAGAGGCAGCCGCUGUCAUCAGACUUGGUCGGUACACCAAGAGGCAGCUGCUGUCAUCAGACUUGGUCGGUACACCAAGAGGCAGCUGCUGUCGCCGAAGUUCAUCAGUAUCCUGAGAGGCAGCCAUUCACGCAAGAGCAGGGCACUGUCGCAAGAGGCAGCCUCCAUCGCGACAUCUGGGCUGUGUCGUACCAGGCCACAACUAUCUGCACAGCUGAGCAGUGUCUCGUGAGGCAGCCCGUAUCGCGAUAGCUGAGCAGUUUCACGAGACGCAGCCACUAUCGCGAGAAGUGGGAAGUGUCACGAGAGGCAGCCGCGAUCUGGGUGGUUGGGCGAUAUUGUGAGAGGCAGCCGCUACUGCGAGAGUUGGGCAGCAUCGAGAGAGAAGCCCCUUUCUUGAGAAUUUGGAAGAACCGUGAAUGGCAGCCGCUAUAGCCAGAGACGAGCAGCAUUGCGAGAGGCAGCAGCUGUCACCAGAGGUGGUGAGGAAACUAAGGUACAAGGAGGUUAAGCAACUUCUCUUAGGUUAAACAGUCAAAUAGUGAGACUGACAUUUCACCCUUAAACAAAUGUGCACCAUAAUGGCAUCAAUUAGCUCCUGCUACCUAACAAACCAUCCAGAAAUAGAACGGCUUUGAACAGCA